UCUCAGAAAUGUGUCAUUAUUAUGUAACGGGACAAAUUAAUCAGGACAUAAUGCCAUAAUAAUCGGUGUACAAGGUCUACAUGGCCUUAUUUUCGAAUGUCAUGAAUAAGAAAUGGUGAUAAAAAUUGAGCUUAGUUAUAUUUACAAGUAUCCUUUGAUUAUGGUGGCGAAUGCUCAUUUUACAAAAUAUCCCUCUGACAAAGAGAAGUUUGUGAAGAAAUUGGAGUUAAAAGAGGUCCAAGAAGAUUCAAAACAAUGGACCACUUACAGAAGAAGCAUAGCACAUUGUUUGAAUCCGAUACCUGGUAUACUUAGAAGAAUUCCAGUUCUGAAUGAACCUGCCAUUCUUUUGGAGGAAGAGUCCUGGCUGAAUUGCAGAGAGAAAGAGCUGUCCUUGAAAAGCAAGAAUCUUACAUGGGAAACAUAUGCUAGUUUGCGAGAACAGUCUGUGUUUCGACCACAUGCUGAAAACCCUGACUGGACAGUAAUGGCCCAAGAGGGAAUUAUUGAUAUCCAUGGCAUUGGACCAUUUGGCAGAGUCAUAGAGAUGUUUGCAGAGACGUUUCUGUAUGCUGGUAUAAGGAGGGGUUUUGCAAUAAUGGAGGACAGAUUAAUGGAAAUGAAGGACACCAAUUCAUUUGAAGACAAUCUUAACAAGAAGGAGGUCGUUUCUACGAAGGCUGCACCACCACAAAUUGUGUUCCCAAGUCUUUCAGACUUCCAUCUAAUCUUAUUCUGUUAACACUGCAUGUGAAUGUACUUGAUGAAUACUCUACAUUUAAAUCCUAUAACUUUUCCUAGUCAAGUAGCACUUUUAGUGUUUGCAAGUUGUUUAAGUUUUGUGCAGUAUCAAAGUUUACUUAUUGUUUUCUUAUAUUAAAUAAAAUAACAACAAAAGUUAUAUGAACUAUUAAUGUUAAUUUUACAAAGCAACUGCCUAUUGUAGGUGAUGCACUGAUAUUUAAUUUAAAAUCUUUAAUUUGAAUCUGUUAUUGACUUUAUUCAUUAAAAUCUUAAAGCAUGAAUGUUAAGCUCAGUAUUACACUGAAAGUAUUACAUAUCAAAAUAUACAUUCAAAUAUGUAUUAUUUUUUAAAUAGUGAUGGAGUGUAUUCUUUAAAUUAUACCAAGAACAUCUUUCAAUUAUAUGACAAAAAAAAAUGGGUAGACUUCAAAAUGUGAAAUGAAAAUAUAUCAUAGAAUUAUGCAAAUUGUGAUCAUUCAUACACAUUGUACGUUUUUUCGAUCUCCUUAGCAGGAAGUGCUCAUCGUGAGCUAGUGUAGUGUCCCCAUGUCAGUUGUUGUUUGUAAUGUUCAAUCAACAUUUCGCUUGUGUUCAUUCUAGAAGCAACAUUUUUCAUCCAACCUUGAGGAAAUUUGGUCACAAUGUUAAUCUUUAAAAUAUCUGAUAAAGCUUAUAAAUAUAAAGUUAAAGUCAGCUGUAAUCUGGAAAAAGCAGACACUGUGUCAAAAUGCGUUGACCCACUAUUUGGAGAGACAAACUAAGGUAAUUGGUAGGUUUAUAUUGUAAUAUUAAUGUGGAAUGACAGCUUCCUAUUAUAGGAAUAUUUUUUUAAUUGUCAGCUUCUUGUGGAAUUUUACAAAUUAAAAGAAUUUCCUUUUGUUUUAGUAAGGAACUGAAUGAAUACAGGCCCAUGGCCAGAUUUGCAUUUUGUUCUUUUCAAAUUCCCAUUCUCUACUAGCGGACUGUUUCUAAAGUGUGUAUCUUACUUGUAUCUUGUUUGUACUGUCAAGAUUAUAGCAAUGUCAAGGUUUGUACACAUAAUGAGGCAUUUUGUUGAAGCCCAUUUUGUUACUAUGCCUAAAGCUGUUUACAAUUAAGUACAUGGAAAAGAACACACCACUAAAUAAACAGGUACAAAUCAAUAUUUAAGUAUAUUAACUUGUGUUCCCACAUUUGCAUUGUAAAUAUAUUGGUUGAACAUUUAACCAAUAAUGUUUUAUUAAAAAUGAACAAAGCAAAAUGCAAUAAAAAAAGCCAAUAACCAGAAAUAAAAACUAAUUUAUAAGUUUUUAACAUGCCCAGAUGUCCAACUGUUACUAUGGAUAUUACAGAAAUACAGCUUGCUUAUUGGUUCACAGUGAUUCUAGUCAAGUAGACAAUCUUACCACUGCCAUAUGUAUGAAAAUAUAUACUGUCAAUUAUGUUUUUAUAAAUGUAUAGCAUCUCUUGCCUAAUUAUGUUUUACAUAAACUGACUUAUUUUGCCUGCGUAGUUACAUAGAGAAUACUGCCUGAUCUUUUCACAAUGUAUCAGGCAAGGCUUAGAAUAAUAUAACGGCGUCUAUAUAUGACCAUCCUCCACACAUGACUGAUAUAAGAACUUCCUGUGGACCAUGAUAUAAAAAAUAUAUCAGGCAACAUUAUAUCAGGCUGAUAUCAAUGUGGUGGUAUGAUAAAAGGCGAUAUUUUUAUAUUAUUGAUGUAUGUAUAAUAGUUGAUAAUCUAGAGCUAAACAUUUUUAUAAAUAUGACUUUUGACACUGAGUAUCUGUAUAGACAUAUUGACAUAUUUCAAUAUUUUGAUGUGCUGAAAGUAAACUAUGUGCAAUUGGUGAAUUUAGAAAGUGAUUUUGAAUGUGUUCUUUUUUAUAUCCUAGAAUGGUCUACAAUGUAGUGUCCAUUUGGUUUUGUACUGGAAAUCAGAAAAAUAUGUUUAUCUAGUGUUAUUAUAUGUGCAUCUGGUUGAUCAUUAACUUUAGAUGUAACUAAAAUAAAUAUAUCACACUCAACGUAUUUUCUUAAACAUUUAAAAAAUUGCUUUUAAAGCAUAACAAUGUAUGCUGCAUUAACUCGCCUUUGAAAUUUUGUUGUUGUUUGUUUUACUUAAAAACUUGAUCCAAUAGUACAGGACUGUAAGCUUAAAUGGCCAUUCACAUUUUGAGCACCUUUAUGCCUUAAAAAUUUAAAAGGAACCAAAAACAAGUAUUUGUUUAAAAAAUGACGAAUAAUGUGAUGUUAUUAAAAUCUGAUUUUGAAA